AAGAAAAAUCAAAACACACCGACGAACGCGAGGAGGGAACGAAUAGUUCUCGAGGUGAACCAUCUAAUUUUUAUCACAAUAUUCAAGCUUUUUUACGACUCACAGUUACAACCAUCUGAUACGAUAUGGAUUCUGUGGAAAGCUCUACUGCGCGUAGAAGUUCAGUCGCUUUCUGGUUUUGGCGAAGAUCCGAUCGAGCCGAGAGAGAUGAAUCAGUUGGUGUGCUUCCUAAUUUUAUGUUUUCUGUGUUCGGUUCAGUUUUCCGAAACAUCCUACCAAUGUGGAAUCAGACAACACGGAUUGCGUCCACUGAUUAAAGACGGUUGGCCAGUGGAAGAAGGUCAGUGGCCAUGGCAUGUGGCAGUGUUCAAUCGAUUGAAGAGUACCGAUCGGUUCAAGUAUGGUUGCGGGGGUACUUUGGUCAACGAGAAGCACACCCUGACGGCAGCUCAUUGCGUCAAACGUCUAGUACGUGGCCAGAGGCCGGUUCUGUAUGAGAUUGAGCUUCAUUUCGGCCAGCAUAAUUUGUUAAAGUUGACUGAUAACGUUGUGGUUCGUGACGUUAGUAAAAUACAUGUUCACCCGGAAUAUAAGUCGAAUAAGAAUGACAUCGCUGUGCUGGUGAUGCGAUUGCCAGUGGAAUACUCCGACACAGUCAUUCCGAUUUGUCUGGACCAGAGGGUGGACCGUGACUUACGAGAGCUAGAAGGUAAAUCCGGAUGGGUCACAGGGUGGGGAAUGACGGAGAACGGGACCAUUUCGGAUGUGCUUCGUACGGCUCCGCUGCCCGUGGUUAGCUAUGUGACGUGUCUGAUGGACGACCCGAAUCUGUUUGGCAAAAGUUUGAACGAAAAAGUCUUCUGCGCUGGAAAUAAAACCGGAGCCAGUCCUGGACCGGGAGAUAGUGGCGGCGGCAUGUACAUCAGUGAUGGCGAUCGUUGGCAGCUCAGGGGAAUCGUUUCGUUUGGAAAGUUCAACGAAUUGAAACAAACAGUUGACGCCUCUAAGUAUAUCGUUUUUGUUAACGUUCAGCGGUAUUUGACAUGGGUUAAGGAAAUUUUUGCUGAGAGUGAACCUCGCCUGGACAAGAGGCAGAAACGAAUUAGCGAACUAGAGUGCGAACGAUUCCAAAGACUGACGAGAAAAAGACGUAACGGUGAUUGUUUCAACAAUAGAUAUAGGCACAACGUGAUGAUAACUGACCCGAGAGGCAUACAUAUGUGCAAUGGUGUCCUGGUAGAUGAGUCCCAUGUCAUUACCACUUGCAGCUGCGUUCGACCAGAAGGCAAUGCACUAUACUUGCAAGCUAAAGUGCGAAUCGAAGCGUACGGGGAAGUGGCCGUGUCGGAAAUGGCAUGUCAUCCGAAGCAUACCGACUUUAGCAAACGCUACGACUUAGCGAUUCUUAAACUGAAUGCAUCGGUUUUGCUCAGUAAUACCCUGAUUCCAGCUUGUUUGGCUAACAACUGGACGGAAAAUCUGUACGACAUCCUCGUCCAAACGGCUUUCGUCACUGAAACGAUUGACGACCACAAGACCCUGGUUGAGUCGGACGAGAACAGAAUAACUCUGUAUGAAAAGUGCAAAUCACUGCGUAGACCCGGUUGGUUCAACAGGUCUGACCUUGCCGGCGAACUAUGCGUCAACAGUACUGAUCAAUUGAUGUACAAUGCCUAUUAUGAAUUGAAAUACAGCAAAUCAUCCGGUGCUGUGUUGCAGACGUCCAACAGGCAAUCGUGUAUGUCAACGGUGGUGGGACUGAAGGUUCACAAUGAAGAAAACGAUGAAUCCCGCAAUCAGUAUUGGAUGGAAAUUUAUGCUCGAAUUGCCUAUCAUUUGGACUGGAUUGAGCAGAGAAUUUGGAAUGGACAAUCCCAAGUAGAUGCACAACUUCCUCUACCGACAGAAGACAAAAAAUGCGGAUUUUAUUACCAUGAAGGCGAAGUUGAGGAGUGGCCGUGGAGUACGGCAAUUUUUCACCGGAACCGGAAUACCAGCGCGUUUGAACUAAUAUGCAGCGGUACCCUGAUCAGCAAUAGGCAUGUUCUGACAACGGCGCAGUGUGUCAUGAAUCAAACCACCGGAAUACCGUUGCUGAAGGAUACUUUUGAACUGCACUUUGGAUUGAAUCGCUUAGGUCACCCUAGUGUUCACGAGCAAAUACGAUACGUCAGAGAAGUUCAUAUCCACCCGGACACUUCGGAUUCCAACAUAGCGCUACUGGUGACCAGCUGGCCGGUCAAGAAUACACCCUAUGUGGCGCACAUCUGCAUUGUUCCGGGAAACGCUUCGAGUUUUUCGAAUUUGAAAGGUCAGCCUGCCUUCAUCACUGGUUGGCAAACAAUGGAAACUGGGAAAUCAAACAACGAACUCAAGUCAUCUAAUGUCUACAUCCGUGUUCGUCAGGUGUGUUCCGAAGCUGGACUGACACUCUCCGCCAAUCAGUACUGUGCCGUCUAUCCUAAUGAGGUUGAACAGGGCAUCGCCGACCGUGGAUCAGGACUGUACCACUUACACUUUGUCGAUUUCCUUGGGUCAUGGAUCUUGACGGGGAUCGUGUCAUCCAAGGUGGAAGGUAGUGAUGCUAAAAGAUACCUUAUAUUGAUAAGUUUUGAGCCGUACAUCACGUGGAUCGAAGGAAUCAUGGCAAGCAAAAAAUCAAGAAGAAUCAGUGAAAGAGAAUGCGAACGUUACGCCAGCCUGAUUCGUAAAAGCAGCGGAGUUUGUGAGAAUUCGUGGGACCCUUCGCUAGACUCUCAGCCACAUAUCGUCUCGCUGUAUGACGACCAAUCGAAAAUUAUUUCCCUUGGUGUACUUGUUAAAGAGAAUUACAUAUUGACUUCUUGUCAAUGCCUACGGCACCUCCGUCAACCGAAAACAGCUAAAAUAAGCUACCAUGGAAUGGUCAACAUUUCGGACAUGACGUGUCAUCCAGACUAUGAUCAUACGAACUUUCAUCACAACGACGUCGGGAUCCUUAGGCUAUCCACACCCGUUGCACUAUCCAGUCAACUGGUUCCGGCCUGUUUGGCAAACAGUUUGUCGGAAAACCUUGAGGAUGCCAUGCUACAAACGAUGAUUGAAAGCUAUUGGGACCCGGAUGUCAAGCCCCGGCCGCAAUCGGCCUAUGACUAUAUCGGUACGAAGGACGAGUGCGACAAUGUGAUCCAAGAAUCACAUCGCCUGUACCCCGGCCAGGCAUGCGUGAUCAACCCUCGCUUGCAAACGGACACAUUCAGCGGAAGUAUUGUGCAGAGCGUAGACAGUCGGACCUGUCGCUUCACGGUGAUUGGAAUAGGGAGCACUGCGUAUGGCAAUCCUGAUACCGAUUCAACUCCCAGAAUAGGCGUUGUUCAUCGCGUUGACCAUUAUCUGGAUUGGAUCGAGCGGACCGUCUGGGAAGAGGAGUUUCCGAUGCCGAAACAUUAGACUUCUGGUUGCCAUAAGCUCAUUUAGGGUUUUGUUGAAUGAAUUUUAAAUAUACAACUUAUGGUAAAUGUUAGCUACUCUUUUCGGCACUGCAGUCUUGGGGAAUCAAAAACGACUGUUUUAGAUUUGUCCCGACGUUUCGACAUAAUUUUCAAAUACCAUUGAUGGUAAAUGUAUGGCUACAAACGUAGGCCGCUUUUGAUGGGGAUAUACUCUGUGAAAAUGAAAAAAAUGGGCAUGCCUAAUAAAUCCUAGAAUACUCAUGCGAUAUGGAUAUUUUCGGACGUAGCUCUUUGAGUAGAUACAUGUCCGAACUCGAUACCUACAAUCCAGGAUAGCAAGCAUUGGUUUGUAAGAAUAACUGAUAAUCUUUGUAUUACAGGUAUUUCCAGAAAAGUUCAUUUCUUGGAUGCUUCGGGGGCAUUACAGGGGAUUUCAGAGGAAUAUUAGCGUGAUUCACGAGCGUUACGAGGGGUUUCGGCAAUCUUCAGAGGAUUUCAGGGGCAUUGAAAGAAUUUUUAUGGACGUUUCAGGAGGCUUUAGGGCAUUUCAGAAGAUCCUAAAAAAACGUCAAGAUAUGAUACCCAUAUUGACCAUGCAUCGGAACCCUAAUUCUUACUGCCUCAAAGCAGUGAACACCCCAGUGACUUGAGUGCUCUACUUGGGAACAUCAAACUUAGUUUUUUUUUUCCGGAAUCCGUGAACGUAGCAAAAAUAAGCGUACCGACCGUAGAGAUGUGUGAUCAUACAAAGUCUCGUAAGCCACUGGGAAAAGUCACCAUCUGUGAUCCUCUCCUCAAGCCGAGCGCGAGCGUAGCUGCCGGGGAAGCCCGAGGGUUAUCGUUCUGAGUGAACUCAUCUUUGCCAGAUUGAACAUUUCGUUAUUAAUUAAAUGGCAUGGUUUCUUAUGUAGAUGAUUAUACACUUCAUUUAGCAUACUGUCUAGUUGAUGUUUUCAAGCAUGACCUG